UUUCUCGGAAGUCACAAACUCUUGGAAAGCGGCUGUUCUUUUCUUUGGAUCGUCGGGAUCAUUGAGGAAUAAUUGAAGAGUUUUCCAACAAAGCCUCACUAGGAUGAUUGUGUACGAACUGUAAGAGUGAAAUGCUGAAGUAAAUCUACAGAGUUUGUUGUCGUCAGUCUGCGGAGAUCAGUUCUGGAGAUCUGCCAUGAUGAUUCUUCUGUCCUUCAGCAUCAGUUUGUUCAUGGUGAAUUCAUGUAUGACACACAGUCUGUUCACAUGUGAGCCGAUGCGUGUGCAGUGGUGUCAUGACAUGCAUUACAACAACACAUUCUUCCCCAACAUGCUCGAGCACUAUGACCAGGACAUCGCUGCCGUGAAGAUGAAGCACUUCAUGCCAUUGGCAAACCUCCACUGUUCACCUGACGUACAUCUCUUCCUGUGCCAAGCAUUUGUUCCGGAGUGCACCGAACACACGCAUGUCCUGCGUCCGUGCAGAGAACUGUGCGAGCGUGUCGUGUCUGACUGCAUGCGGGACAUGCGCACGUUUGGAAUCAGCUGGCCGCCGGAGCUGCAGUGUGACCGGUUGGAAUCAUGUCACUUUUCUUCUGAUGGUUCUGCUGUUUCAUCCAUGGAAGAUACGACCCCAUCCGGAGGCUCUCUGUCAGCCAAUCGGGAUCUGGGCUUCUGGUGCCCCCUUCAGCUGAAGACUCGCCCCGGUCAGGGCGGCUCUUUUCUCGGGGCUCAAGACUGCGCCCCACCAUGUGACAACAUGUACCUCAAACCGCAGGAAGUUCUCUUGGCGAAGACUUUCAUCGGCGUGAGCUCCAUCGUGUGCUUGUGUGCGACUCUCUUCACAUUUCUAACCUUCCUCAUCGACGUGAAACGAUUCCGCUACCCCGAGAGGCCGAUCAUCUUCUACGCGGUCUGCUACAGUUUUGUCUCUCUCAUCUAUUUCGUCGGUUUUCUGUUGGGUAACGAGGCCGCGUGCAACAAGCCGAAUCUGCCGGGGCGUGUGUCGACGGUCGUGUUGGGCGCUCAGAGCCGCAGCUGCUCACUGCUCUUCAUGUUGCUGUAUUUCUUUUCCACUGCUGGAAUGGUUUGGUGGGUCAUUUUGACCAUCACGUGGUUUCUGGCCGCAGGACUCAAGUGGAGCUGUGAAGCAAUCGAGAAGAAGGCCGUAUGGUUUCACGGAGUUGCCUGGGGUCUCCCGGGCGCCCUCACCAUCGUGCUGCUGAUGCUGAAUAAGGUGGAAGGAGACAGCAUCAGCGGCGUGUGUUUCAUCGGCUUGUACGACCUCACAGCGUUGCGUUGGUUUGUUGUGGCUCCACUGGCAGCGGGCGUGUUGUCCGGCCUCUCUCUGCUGCUCGCCGGAAUCGUGUCUCUGAAUCGCGUACGGCAGGUUAUACAACAUGAUGAACAGAACCAGGAGAAGCUAAAGAAGUUCAUGAUCCGUAUCGGAGUCUUCAGCGGCCUGUACCUGCUUCCUCUGCUGGCGCUGCUCGGAUGCUACCUGUAUGAACAAUCCCACCGCAGCGCCUGGGAGCAAACGUGGAUCAACGAUCGUUGUCAGGAAUACAGCAUCCCCUGCUACUACAGCAGUGUUGAUGUGGACCGGCCUGAGCUCGCUCUGUUUCUGAUGAAAUAUCUGAUGACGCUGGUUGUGGGAAUAUCUGCUGUGUUUUGGGUCAGCAGUAAGAAAACCUGCUCCGAAUGGGCCUCCUUCUUCAACAGAACUCGCAAAAAAGAUCCCAUCAGCGAGAGUCGACGUGUUCUGCAGGAGUCCUGCGAGUUCUUCCUGAAACACAACAGUCGUGUGUCCAAGCAUUACAAACCCUCUUCUCAUAAACUCAAGGUCAUUUCUAAGUCCAUGGGCACCAGCACAGGCAUUCAAACCCCUGUCACUAGUAACCAUGACAACACUCCGGUCUCCACGGCAGUCAGCAACCACAACAUUCCAAGCCAGCCUGUUUCCAGGACGCAGAGAGACCCGCCGCCGCCGGCAGAGAGACGCAGUAAAGCGGGUAGUUCCAGUCGCAUCAGCAGCCGCGCCGAAAGCCUCCGCAGGAUGACCCCAAAAGAUGAUGUGCUGCAGUCUGCCCACAGCGCCAACUCGGUGAAAUGUCAGGUGGGCAUGGUGUCUGAAUCGAGGUGAGACAGACACAGUUGCAGCCCAAUCCUCCCGUCCCCCUGUGCGGUUUCUCAGUAUAUACAGAUCCUCACCGUCAGCUGUAGAAUAUGGGGCAUGCAGCGGAAGUGACAGAUGAUCCGUUCAGGGAAAGAAUUGCACAUCUGUGACUGGAAUAGUCCAAACACUGUCUUCUGACCGGAAUCAAUGAACUAAAACAUCAGAUUUCUUUAAUCAUCUCUUAAAGAAGAGGGGUUUCUGCCGAAUGUGUACAUGUGUGCUAACUGCACCCCCAAAGAACACACCACAAACACAAACACAAACACACACACACACACACAUAUAUAUAUUACAGAUACAAGCUUUCUCUGACCUGAAGUAAAACUUCAUUAAAUCUUUAUGAAAUGAUUAAUAUUAUGUCAGUAUUUUAGAUUCUUUGGACGUGUCUUUUGGUCUUAAGUGUGUUUUCUGCACAGUUAAAUAUGUUUGUUUUCACGUUUAUAUUUUAAUGCUGGUUGUGUAAAUGUUUAUUUACAAACAGAUUUAAAGGGAAAGACUCGGUGUAUUCCUCUGUCAUAUGGAGAAGGUUAAAGGUCGUCAGGUUUGGUCUAUGAUGUACUGCUGUAAAUCUGAAUGUCAUUUCACCUGAAGAUGAUUUUGGGCUCUCGGGCACCUGAUUCUUCCCCGUUCUUCCAUGAAAUCAUAUAAAUAAAGAUUAAAUUAACUCUUGUGUUUUAGUGUA